AUGGAGCUCUCCCUGCGGCUGCUCCUGGCGUCCUGCCUCUCGCUGGGGGCGGCCGGGGAAUUUGACAGAAGGUGGCCCAGACAAAUGGUCUCGUCUGCAGGACUGUGUCGCUUUGGAAGCAGAAUUGACUGCUGCUGGGGCUGGGCCCGGGUGGCCUGGGGACAGUGCCAACCGUUCUACGUCUUAAGGCAGAGAAUAGCCAGCCUAAGGUGCCAGCCCAAAGCUAUAUGCCAGCCAGGGUGCAAACACGGUGAAUGCAUUGGGCCAAACAAGUGUAAGUGCCACCCAGGAUACACUGGAAAAACUUGCAACCAAGAUCUGAAUGAGUGUGGACUAAAGCCACGGCCGUGCAAGCACCGCUGUAUGAACACCUACGGCAGCUACAAGUGCUACUGCCUGAAUGGCUACAUGCUCAUGCCAGAUGGAACCUGCUCAAAUGCCCUUUCUUGCCUGAUGGCAAACUGCCAGUAUGGCUGUGACGUGCUGAAAGGGGAGGUGCGCUGCCGCUGUCCUUCUCCAGGGCUGCAGCUUGGGCCUGAUGGCAGGACCUGUGUAGAUAUUGAUGAAUGUGCUACUGGGAGGGUUCUCUGCCCACGAUUCAGGCACUGUGUCAAUACCUUCGGGAGCUACAUUUGCAGGUGUCAUAAAGGCUUUGACCUGAUGUACAUUGGAGGCAAAUACCAGUGCCAUGAUAUAGAUGAGUGUGCUCUUGGCCACCACCAGUGUGGUAGCUUUUCACACUGUUACAACACUCCAGGAUCCUACAAAUGCAAAUGUAAAGAGGGGUACAGAGACAAUGGAACAAACUGCAUACAAAGGCCAGUGACCAGGCCAACAGCUCGUCCUACAGUACCUGGGCCAACAGCUCGUCCUACACUUGGGCCAACAACUCAUCCUACACCUGGGCCACCAGCUCGUCCUACACUUGUGCCAACUCAGCCUGCACCCAGGACAACUCGACUGACACCCAAGCCAACCAUGAGAUAUGUGCCGGUGACAACAAGGCCGGUCACCACACCCGUGGUGAAGCCUCCACCUCCAACAACACCUCAACCUACAACAGUAAGACCUACACUACCACCACAAAGAACUCCUCUGGUAAUAACUGAAGAGCCUGCACAUGUUCCCAUUGAAACUACAACUUCCCAAGGAGUUAUAGAUGACAACAGGAUCCAGCCAGAUCCUCAGAAACCCCGAGGAGAUGUGUUCAUUCCACGCCAGCCUGGAGUGAGCAAUAAUCUCUUUGAAAUACUUGAAAUUGAACGAGGGAUUACAGCUGAUGAAUUUGAAGCAAAUGAUGACCCAGGUGUGCUGGUGCACAGCUGUGAUUUUGACAGUGGACUGUGUGGAUGGAUCAAGGACAAAGAUGAUGACUUGCACUGGGAACCAGUGAGAGAUGUAUCAGGGGGACAGUACCUCACCAUCUCUGAUCCCAAAGGGAAAGAAGGAAGAGUGGCACACCUUAUCCUGCCCUUGGGUCACAUGGCUCAGGCUGGAGAUUUGUGCCUGUCCUUCAGGCAUAAAGUGCCUGGGCUGCACUCUGGUGCCCUGCAAGUCUUUGUGAGGAGAACUGGAGCUCAUGGCCCAGCUGUCUGGGGGAGAAAUGGGGGUCAUGGCUGGAGACAGACACACAUAACCUUACCAGGAGCAGGCAUCAAGAGUGUUAUUUUCAGAGGUGAGAAAGGGAAAAGAAGAACUGGGGAUAUUGGACUAGAUGAUGUGGUCUUGAGGAGAGGACGCUGCUCUGGAGAGCAUUAGCCAGGACAAUGGACCAGCAGUCAUCUCCUCUUGCCCUUCUCAUGCAAUUCCUACAAAACUUUGAAACAGAACUGCAUGGGAAAGAAGAAAAAGUGGGAGAGCAACAACUUCUUAGUGGUCUGCUAAGUGCAAUCUCAUGGAAAUUUCACUUAAAUACAUGGAGAGCACCUCCCAGGAUUGAGGAAAUCCAAUCUCAGGCUGGUUCUUUCUAUUA